AUGGGCAUAGCUACAGUUCUAGGCUUUUGUUCCGUCGAUCGAGCGGUCGACUUCAACUGUUUUGGUGUUUUGGUGGCCGAUUCUUGGCCUCUUACCAAAACCUGGAACCUAAGUCCUCCUCUUCCGGCUCUAUCCUCUAGUGGUCCUGGAACAAGGGGAUGCUUGGUUGAGCCAAACCCAGUUUAUGAGGCUUGGAGAAAGCUUCUUUAUCUUGUUGCUAUAGGGUGUCGUGGCUUGGACAGAGGCACUGAUGAGUUGAAGAUUAUGGAAAGUGACGGAAACAGAGUGAAAGAAGAGCUACUGAAUUAG